AUGCCGGAACUCAGGGGCCGAGCUCUUAUGCUCACCAUCAGCGUCCUCACGUCGCUCGGAUUCAUGUUAAUUGGAUACGACAAUGGUCUCAUGGGCGGAUUGGUUGGCGCGCCAGCCUUCAACAAGACCUUUGACCACCCAUCCUCGGAUAUGAUUGGCACUAUCGUAGCCAUUUUCGAGAUCGGCUGCUUCUUUGGUGCCAUGGCAACAGCAGUAAUUGGAGAGAAACUCGGUCGUCGCAAGAGUGUCGCCAUUGGCGCUGUCAUCAGCAUUCUCGGCGCCCUCCUCCAGGCUACCGCAUACGGAAGGGCACACCUCAUCGUCGGUCGCAUUGUCUCAGGUGUUGGUCUGGGUAUCAUCAACUCGACCGUGCCUGUGAUGCAAGCCGAAUUCAGCCCCAAAGCGAGUCGCGGUAUCUACGUUUGCGCGCAGCUGUCGACGCUGAACUUCGGUAUCUUCUUGGUAUACUGGAUCGACUAUGCGUUUGUUUCGCAUACUUCGGACUAUGCAUGGCGCAUACCUACUAUCCUGCAAUGCAUCAUCGUCCUGGCGAUUCUUGGGUUGUUGACUGUCAUUCCAGAGACACCAAGAUGGCUGGCGGCCCACGAUCGUCCGGAUGAAUGUCUGCGGGUUUUGGCACGCGUGGCAGACGUACCUGAGACCGACCCCGAGGUGCAGAGGCUUCACACCGUCAUCACCGAAACCGUUGCGUUCGAGCAGUCGAGACAAGCAGGGUGGAAGGACAUCGUUCGGAGCGACCCAAUCAAGUCCAGGAGACGUUUCCUGAUCGCUUGCGGCAUCCAAAUGUUCCAGCAACUUGGUGGUAUCAACGCCAUUAUUUAUUAUUCCGGAACCCUCUUCCAGAAGAGCAUCGGCUUCGAUACUCACAUGUCCGCCCUGAUGAGUGGCUUUUUGCAGACCUGGUUCUUUGUCGCCUCAUUCAUCCCAUGGUUCCUCAUCGACCGGGUCGGCAGAAGACCGCUGCUCCUCUCCAUGAUCAGUCUCAUGGCUGCCGUCAUGGCAGUACAAUCUGGGCUCAUCUAUCAGGUACAAUACAAGACCGCAUCGGCAAAGGGUGCAGGUAUCGCAGCAGCCGCCAUGCUGUUCAUCUUCCAGGGCGCUUUCACCAUCGGCUUUCAGGCUACUGUGUGGGUGUAUCCGUCCGAAAUUCUGCCACUACGCCUGCGACAGCGUGGUUCGGCCAUCUCGACGGCCGCGAACUGGAUAUGCAACUAUAUCAUCGUGCAAAUCACACCUCGUGCGAUCAGCAAUAUCGGAUGGAAGACGUAUAUCAUCUUCGCCGUGCUCAAUGGUCUUUGGGUGCCGAUCAUCUUCUUCUUCUUUCCCGAAACCAAGGGACUUGAGCUGGAAGACGUGGACCGCCUUUUCUCUGGCGAAGCGAGCCGAACCGAUUUGCUGGACAAGGACCUUGAUGACGAGCGAGUCGAAAGUGUUGUAGUUGCGAAAACAGUAGAGUGUGCUGGACAUGUAUCGUGA